UCGUGGCUGUUUGACUUCGCUCCUACGACAACUUCCAACCCGGAUCGGAAGUUACGACAUUUUGAUCGGAAGCAAGAACGGGAGCUCGCUGGCUGUGAAGGGAUUUAGCAAAUCCGGGAUUUACGGGAAAAAGAGGAAAACAGAGGAUUUAUCCCGUCGCGAGAUUUACUGGGUGGUCAAAUCCCGUUUGGCAGUUUUAGCAUAAAUCCUGCUAAAAUCCUGCAUAAAUCCUGUUGCCAAACAGCCCCCCCUAAAAGAAGCCGACGCCGCCGAUCCUUUGCUUCUUUCCUAAACCUUAGGAGGCCAGGACGGACACGAGUGCGUCCCUGUGUUCCUUGUUAGCGAUAUUCAGCGGCUUUGCUGCCAGGCCGAGAGACUAUUUUUCUGUUUGUCAGAUUGUUCGUCUUGAUCGGCGGGCGGGUUGCCGGCAGCGAAGAUGUCACACAAAUUUUCACCAGCAUUGAGGUCGGCUGAUCUCAGCGACUUCAUUGCCCCGUCACAGAAUUGCAUUGUAUCGCUGAAAGGCCUCAAGUCGAAGACCGAGAAGGCUGAGAAUGAAUACAUGAUAAAACCUAUUGGCAAGUCUCCACCUCCUGAGGUAGUAAAAGUUUCAUUGAAAGACUGCUUGGCAUGCAGUGGUUGCAUAACUUCAGCAGAAACAGUAAUGCUCGAGAAGCAAAGUUUAGAGGAGUUUAUAAGCCAUAUCAAUUCAGAGGAGGCGGUUAUAGUUUCUGUGUCUCCUCAGUCAAGAGCAUCUCUAGCUGCCUAUUUUGAUCUCUCUCCAGCUCAGGUUUUCCGAAAACUCACAGCUUUUUUCAAGUCUUUGGGGGUGGAGGCAGUUUAUGAUACAAGUUGUAGUAGAGACAUAUCACUUGUAGAAUCUUGCCAUGAAUUCAUCUCACGAUACAAAAAACAUCAUUUAGCUGGCGAUGGAGAAAAUGUUUCAAAGCUUCCCAUGAUUUCAUCUGCAUGUCCUGGAUGGAUAUGCUAUGCGGAAAAGACUUUGGGAUCUUUUAUCCUACCAUACAUUUGCUCUGUGAAGAGUCCCCAACAAGUAAUGGGAACCGUAAUCAAACAUCACAUUUCAAAAAAGUUGGGAUACACGCCAGACAAAAUCUUCCAUGUGACCGUGAUGCCCUGCUAUGAUAAAAAGUUAGAGGCUGCUCGAGAUGAUUUCGUAUUUUCAGUGGAUCAUGAAGAAGAAAAUGAUGCCGAUGAUGAUGGUUCAGCAAUGAAGAUACCAGAGGUGGAUAUAGUUUUGACAUCUGGAGAGGUGUUGGAUCUGAUACAGUCAAAAUUAAUUGAUUUCAAGGCUCUGGUAGACGUUCCUCUGGAUAGAUUGUUAACAAACGUUGAUGAUAAAGGGCUUCUUUAUGGGGUUUCUGGUGGUUCCGGAGGUUAUGCUGAGACAAUUUUUCGCUACGCUGCUAAAAAUCUAUUUAAUAGGGACAUUGAAGGUCCGCUUCAAUUUAGGAUCAUACGUAAUUCAGAUUUUCAAGAAGUGGUCCUUGAGGUGGACGGUAAAAUAGUUCUCAAGUUUGCACUUUGUUAUGGAUUCCGAAACUUACGGAAUGUUGUGCAAAAAAUAAGUAAAGGGAAAUCUGAAUAUGAUUUUCUAGAAAUAAUGGCAUGUCCUUCAGGCUGUCUUAAUGGCGGAGGCCAAAUCAAACCUGUGGCAGGUCAGUCUGCAAACAAUCUUAUCCAACAGCUGGGAAAUGUAUACAUGCAAGAUGUACUGAUUGCCAGCCCUUUUGAUAAUGCCAUUGUAAAGAACCUAUAUGCUGAGUGGCUCGGGCAACCAGGUUCAGAGAAAUCUAGGAUGUAUAUGCACACACAAUACCAUCAAAUCGUGAAGAGCUUCACCUCAGAACUACACGACUGGUGAUGAGAUAUCAAUAAAAUCAUAACCCAUGAGAAAGGUUCAUAUAAUGUCUUAAUGUAUUAAAAAGUGAUGUAUUGUAAUUAAAAAUGAUUUUCUAUGUAUAUUUUUUUAAAAAUUAAUGCUGGAUAUAUAUAUAUAUAUAUAACUUUUUAUUUGUA